AUGGGCGGCUUCGACUUCUCCAACCACAACCGCAAUGCGGCCCUUCACGCCCAGGGUAUUCCACUGCCCAAGGCAACCAGCACAGGAACAACGAUUGUGGGCUGUCUCUUCGACGGCGGCGUCGUCAUUGCAGCAGAUACCCGAGCUACAAGCGGCCCCAUAGUCGCAGACAAGAACUGCGAAAAGCUACACUUCAUCUCCCCCCAGAUCUGGUGUGCAGGUGCCGGUACCGCGGCAGACACCGAGUUCACCACGGCCAUCAUCUCGUCGAAUCUUGAACUGCACGCCCUCUCCACCGGUCGCAAGCCCCGCGUCGUCACCUGCAUGACCAUGCUCAAGCAACAUCUGUUCCGCCACCAGGGCCACAUUGGCGCCUACCUUGUCGUUGCUGGCUGUGACCCCACCGGCGCCCACCUCUUCACCGUCCACGCCCACGGCUCCACCGACAAGCUGCCCUAUGUGACCAUGGGCUCUGGCUCGCUGGCCGCCAUGUCCGUCUUCGAGACGCAGUGGAAGGGCGAAAUGUCGCGCGAGGAUGCCGUUACCCUGUGCGCAAACGCCAUCGAGGCUGGUAUCUGGAACGAUUUGGGCUCAGGAAGCAAUGUCGAUGUGGCGGUCAUCACCCAGGAGAAGACGACGCUGAUGAGAAACUACAAGACCCCCAACACGAGGGUGCCCAAGCAGCGGAAUUACCGCUUCCCGCGGGGUACGACGGCGGUGCUGAAUGAGAAGAUCAUCACCAAAGAGGAGAUUAGCAAGUACGUAACUGUACACGAGCUCAAGGACGACGAUGUUACAGCCACUGCAGAGACGAUGGAUGUAGACUCAUAG